UGUAUUCUGAAAAAACAGAGGAGUAUUAUCACACAGAGAAAAGGAGUGCUAAUUAACGAGCACAUUUACAGAUAAAAUAACCUUUAGAUGUAUUACCUUGUAUUAUUUUACUAUUUUAAUAUGGAUUCUUAUUCACUUAUUUUUGUGUACCCCCCUUAAGGAGAUCACUCUGUGAAUUACUGUUCUAUUAAUUCAACAAGUGUUAAUGGUGAAUGGUUUGCUUAAGCAAUCCUGAAAAUACGGCUAGAAUUCAACUGUGAGUCGGCGCAAGGAAAUGAGACGUUCAUUUUAAGUAAACUGGAGCUUGAGCUGUGAUAAAUCCAGACCGGGAUUUCGCUGGAGCUGUUGUCUCUCUCCCAGUUGCCGUGCCUCCACGUCCUUACAGCAAGAUGUGAGCUGGAUCUCUGUGGCUGACUGAUCAGGUUCCGCUUGCAGUGAUGCCCAUAUUACCAGUCAUCUGCCCAGUGCUCGGUACGGAAGGGACCCGUCCACAGUUUACUGCAAGCUGACUGUGUGUGUGAUUGUCAUUGUGUUCUGUUCAUCCACAGACAGAGGAAGGAACCCUGCUGCAGGAGGAAUGGUUUUCCAGCUCCGAAAGACGAAUAGUCUACAAUGGAAAAUAGAAUAUCUUUGCAAACCAAUCUUUGAAAAUGAUUUGUUGAUGCCAAGCAACUUGGAAAAAUGAUUAGGAUCUGGGGUACCACAUUUUGGGCCUCAUGCCUAAUUAUAACAUUCUUUUUCCUGUUGGUUACACUUCAGGUGAUGGUUGAACUGGGUAGAUUUGAAAAGCAGAAACAAAAACUCUCUCUUAUGCAAGAUGUUCGGCGAAAGAAACUGUCCCAUCCGUUACUGAAGGGGUUACCGAAAAACACAUUCCAUAGAAGCUCAGAACAUGGAGUGGGUAGCCACCCCAUCAUGCUUUGGUGGUCCCCAUUGACUGGUGAGAAUGGAAGACUGGGGAAGUGUGGAGAAGACAAGUGUUUUUUCACCAUAAAUAGAACGUAUCUGAAUAAUCCAGUGACAAGAGCUGUCCUAUUUUAUGGCACAGAUUUCAGCACAGGCAGCUUACCACUUCCACGUAAGUUUUAUCAUGAAUGGGCUUUAUUUCAUGAAGAGUCCCCAAAAAACAACUACAAACUGUUUCAUCAACCAACCAUAAGUAUGUUUAACCACACUGCUACAUUCAGCCGACAUUCCCAUUUGCCAUUGACAAGCCAAUAUCUGGAGGAUCUGCAGACCCUGACAUCUCUUGAGUACUUUGUACCUUUGCGAAAAAAGAAUGCUCUGAGAAGAAGGCUUGCUCCAGUAGUAUAUGUGCAGUCUGACUGUGAUCCCCCAUCAGAUCGGGAUACUUAUGUUAAAGAACUAAUGAAUUAUAUUGCUGUAGAUUCCUAUGGUGAGUGCUUGCAUAACAGAGACUUACCUCCACAAGUCAGCAACCCAUCUUUCAUGGAUGACACCCAGUUCUACAACAUACUUGCUCAGUACAAGUUCAUCCUUGCAUUUGAAAAUGCGGUUUGUGAGGAUUACAUAACUGAGAAGUUGUGGAGACCUCUUAAACUGGGGUCUAUUCCAGUAUAUUAUGGGGCCAGUAACAUUGAGGACUGGCUGCCAAGCAAUAAAAGUGUGAUCAUUGUUGACAGAUUUUCGCAUCCUCGAGAACUUGCACAAUACAUUAAGCACUUGGACCAAGAUGACAGACACUAUAUGGAAUUUUUAGAGUGGAAACUUCAAGGUCAUAUCAGCAACAAUCACUUAGUUACUGCCCUUAAAGACAGAACUUGGGGUGUGCAAGAUGUAACGCAGGACAACUACGUUGAUGCUUUUGAGUGCAUGGUGUGUAGAAGAGUGUGGGAUAACAUACGACUACAGGAAAAGGGUCUAAAUGUCAAGCAAUGGAAAGCUAAUUCAACGCACCUGACUUGUCCAGCCCCAGAAGCCUUUUCAUUCAGGCCAGAACUCACAACUAAGUCCACAAUGAGGCAAAUGUGGAAGCCUAGUUUUGAGCAAUCAAAAAAAGAAGCAGAAGCUCUCAGACUUUUGGUCGACAGGAACAGCAAUUUUACUUCUCAAGAGUAUUGGAAUCUUGUUUUCAGACAUUAGAGUUUUGUGGAUAGGGUUGUGGUGAAUCACAUAAUACACUGCUCAAAAAAAUAAAGGGAACACUUAAACAACACAUCCUAGAUCUGAAUGAAUGAAAUAUUCUUAUUAAAUACUUUGUUCUUUACAUAGUUGAAUGUGCUGACAACAAAAUCACACAAAAAUUAUCAAUGGAAAUCAAAUUUAUUAACCCAUGGAGGUCUGGAUUUGGAGUCACACUCAAAAUUAAAGUGGAAAAACACACUACAGGCUGAUUCAACUUUGAUGUAAUGUCCAUAAAACAAGUCAAAAUGAGGCUCAGUAGUGUGUGUGUGUGGCCUCCACGUGCCUGUAUGACCUCCCUACAAUGCCUGGGCAUGCUCCUGAUGAGUUGGUGGAUGGUCUCCUGAGGGAUCUCCUCUCAGACCUGGACUAGAGCAUCCGCCAACUCCUGGACAGUCUGUGGUGCAAUUGUUGGUGGAUGUUGUGGUGCAAAUGUUGGUGGAUGGAGCGAGACAUGAGGUCCCAGAUGUGCUCAAUUGGAUUCGGGUCUGGGGAACGGGCGGGCCAGUCCAUAGCAUCAAUGCCUUCGUCUUGCAGGAACUGCUGACACACUCCAGCCACAUGAGGUCUAGCAUUGUCUUGCAUUAGUAGGAACCCAGGGCCAACCGCACCAGCAUAUGGUCUCACAAGGGGUCUGAGGAUCUCAUCUCGGUACCUAAUGGCAGUCAGGCUUCCUCUGGUGAGCACAUGGAGGGCUGUGCGGCCCCCCCAAAGAAAUGCCACCCCACACCAUUACUGACCCACUGCCAAACCGGUCAUGCUGGAGGAUGUUGCAGGCAGCAGAACGUUCUCCUUGGCGUCUCCAGUCUCUGUCACGUCAUUCACAUGUGCUCAGUGAGAACCUGCUUUCAUCUGUGAAGAGCACAGGGCGCCAGUGGCGAAUUUGCCAAUCUUGGUGUUCUCUGGCAAAUGCCAAACGUCCUGCUCGGUGUUGGGCUGUAAGCACAACCCCCACCUGUGAACGUCGGACCCUCAUACCACCCUCAUGGAGUCUGUUUCGGAUCGUUUAAGUAGACACAUGCGCCUCCAUGCUCUGGACACUACGCUGACAGACACAGCAAACCUUCUUUCCACAGCUCGCAUUGAUGUGCCAUCCUGGAUGAGCUGCACUACCUGAGCCACUUGUGUGGGUUGUAAACUCCGUCUCAUGCUACCUCUAGAGUGAAAGCACCGCCAGCUUUCAAAAGUGACCAAAACAUCAGCCAGAAAGCAUAGGAGCUGAGAAGUGGUCUGUGGUCACCAUCUGCAGAACAACUCCUUGAUUGGGGGUGUCUUGCUAAUUGCCUAUAAUUUCCACCUGUUUUCUAUUCCAUUUGCACAACAGCAUGUGAAAUUGUCAAUCAGUGUUGCUUCCUAAGUGGACAGUUUGAUUUCACAGAAGUGUGAUUGACUUGGAGUUACAUUGUGUUGUUUAAGUGUUCCCUAUGUUUUUUUGAGCAGUGUAUGGAAAUGUAUUUUAUUCAUAUUGAAAUGUGUAAAAUAAAAAGAAAUAUGAAAUGUACUUAUGAGCCUUUCCAAGCCAUGUUUUUAACACUUUUAAAUGUUUGCAAUAUUUUGUUUGAUGUUGUGAAAAAUUACAUUAUAUGACAACUCCAUAAUA